CCUUAACUGAUUGAUUUCAGAAUUGCUCAUUCUAAAACCUGUGGGAGUAGUUAGAGAUGUCUGCAUACACUCCUAAGAGAGAAGAAAUGGAGCGAUUCAUGUCUCGUGCGAUCGAGCUUAGCGUGGAAGGAGCAUCGAAGGGACAUGGUGGUCCGUAUAGAGCAGUGGUUGUCAAAGAUGGCGAGAUUGUCGGUACGAUGGCUAUUACUUCUUUCGCAACCCGCCUUCUCUCCUCCGUGCAUGCAGCAAGACUUUAACCUGGUUCUAAACGUUGACUGUGAAGGUUACAACCGAGUCUUUGUUGACUCUGAUCCAAGUGCACAUGGGGAAGUAGUAGCAAUACGAAAUGCAGGAAAAAACCUGGGAAUGUUUGAAAUAACAGGCUGUAGUUUGUACACAAACUUUGAGCCUUGCCCAAUGUGUGCUGCUACAAUUUGGUGGAGCAAACUUGAUAGAGUGUUCUAUGCACAACCUGUGAAAGGCAGCACAGUUCAUCAUGAAGAAAACCAGGAAGAGGUUUUCAACUUUGUAGCAACACCAAUCGACAAGCGUUCUAUUCCAGGAGAACAGAUUGAGAGUAAAGCAAAGGAGGCACUUGACAUCAUUGAAAAAUAUCUGACUGAUCAUACAAAGAAAGUUUGAGAGAUGAUAAAAAAGAGAAUACCAUCACUGCCGGAGAUUCUCAGUUCUUUUGUAGAGAGGGUUAAACCCUCUGAAUAAACUCCACAACUCCA